AUGGCCGGUCCCGGGUGGGUGUGGAUCCUGAUGGCGCUGGGCGCGACCCCGGUGGAGGGCGAGCUGAUCAAAGCCCAGUUCUCCUGGGACCCCGAGACCGUGGGGAUGAUUCAUGGCUCGUUCUUCUGGGGGUACAUCGUCACGCAGAUCCCUGGGGGAUUCAUCGCCCAGAAGUUCGCUGCCAACAGGGUGUUUGGUUUUGCCAUAGUCGCCACCUCCACCCUCAACAUGCUGAUCCCCUCGGCUGCCCGGGUUCACUACAGCUGCGUCAUCCUCGUCAGGAUACUGCAGGGGCUCGUGGAGGGUGUCACCUACCCAGCAUGCCAUGGGAUCUGGAGCAAGUGGGCCCCACCCCUGGAGAGAAGCCGACUGGCUACAACGGCGUUCUGCGGUGAGGGACUCGACCACGAAAAAGUCGCGUUCGCUGCGCUGGGAAGUUCAUCCUCCUUACUGUAACCGGCAUGCCCCUGUGUCUCGAGUGGUGCUGUCCCUGUUCUCUCUAGGUCUGUUAGGUCGAAGGUCAGAUUCUUGCUCUCUAUAUGGGAACGCGGUUUCUGUUGAGACCGUGGAUGUCUACGGCUGGGAGUUGUCCACCAUGAGGCAGAGGUGGGGAAGGCUGGGGUUCUUCUACAAAGGUGAAA